AUGGCUGUGAUGCAAGAGGAGUUUGACGCCCUGCUGCGCAACCGGACGUGGCAGCUUGUUCCCCGUCCCUGGCACGCCAACGUGAUUACCGGGAAGUGGGUCUUCAAACACAAGCCCCGUCCUGAUGGUACCCUUGAUCACUACAAAGUGCGCUGGGUUGUUCGUGGCUUCCGACAGCGUGCUGGCAUCGACUUCACCGACACAUUCGCUUCGGUCGUUAAGCCCAGCACGAUUUGCACGGUUCUUCACCUUGCGGUCUCCCCUGCUUCGCCGGUGCACCAGAUGGACGUCUCCAACGCCUUCCUCCAUGGUCAUCUCGAGGAGCAGCGCAUCGCGGCGUUUCUGCACCAGCUCGGGUUCCGCUCCACCCGCUCGGACGCAUCGCUCUUCGUCUAUCACCAGGGCCCCGACACGGCCUACUUGCUGCUCUAUGUCGACAACAUCAUCCUGACGGCAUGCACGGCUGGCCUUCUCAGUCAGCUCACUGCUCGUCUCCGCGCUGAGUUUGCCAUCAAGGACUUGGGUCCUUUGCACUACUUCCUCGGUGUUGAGGUGGUGCGUCGUCCGGAUGGCUUCUUUCUUCAUCAGCGGAAGUACACUCAUGAGCUCCUGGAUCGUGCUGGCAUGCUUAACUGCGAGCCCGCCGCUACACCUGUUGAUACGAAGGCCAAGCUCUCUGCCAUGGAUGGUUCUCCUGCUUCGGAUGCUGCAUUCUACCGGUCCAUUGUUGGUGCUCUCCAGUACCUCACUCCGACUCGAUCGGAGAUCCAGUAUGCCGUGCAACAGGUGUGUCUUCAUAUGCAUGCUCUUCGGGACGUUCACUGGGCCGCUGUCAAGUGGAUUCUCCGCUAUGUCUGUGGCACUAUGGAUCUUGGCGUCACGCUCCACGCCUCUGCCGACACCACCCUCACCGCCUACUCCGAUGCAGACUGGACGGGCUGCCCUGACACUCGUCGCUCUACCUCGGGCUAUUGUGUCUUCCUUGGACCUUCACUCAUCUCGUGGUCGUCCAAGCGGCAGCCUACGGUCUCUCGCUCCAGUGUUGAGGCUGAGUAUCGUGCGGUGGCCAACGUCGUCGCCGAGUGUUCGUGGCUUCGCCAGCUUCUUCAGGAGCUCUCUUGUCCUGUCGACCGUGCUAUGAUGGUCUACCGCGACAACGUUUCGGCGGUCUACCUCUCCGCCAACCCGAUAUCAUGA